AAAUUGGAGAAUUUGAUGAAUCUAAAAUCUGACGAAAUUGAAGGUGGGUGGUAUAUAUUAAAAGACUGGAAUUUGGAGGACUUCGAUCGCAACUCGAUUAUAACGAACCUUCACGUCAAGUAUGGGGUGUCGCCCUUUUUUCGCGUAUCAGUACAGCGAAACCCUCGAGUUCCUGAUGCCUACUCCAUUACGAUCUCACCAUCAGGAUUGGGCCUACCGGAUCGGUAUUAUUACUACACUGAUCAGAAUGAUCCUAUACAAGGAGCAUACAAGCAACUUAUACGAGACGUAGUGAUAUUAUUUAGUCAAUUUACACGAACAAAUGCUCAAAAAUUCGGAGAAGAUAUGUUCUCGUACGAAAAACGCAUCGCCGAAAUCACGCCGCACAUCUACGAAUCUAUCAACCCCGUAAAUACCUACAAUCCCAUUAAACUUUCCGAAUUAAAAAUUACAGUUUCUAGUCUUCCUCUACUGGAUAUUUUAUCUGCAAUGUAUCCCGAAUGUAAUAUUAGUGAAGAAACCGAAGUGAUUGUAACCUCGAUCCAUUAUCUGACUGAAGUUUCUCAUAUAGCAUCAACCACGGAUAAGGCGACUUUAAAUAGUUACCUGAUAUGGACCUUGGUAAGGGAGUAUUUGCCAUAUUUAUCGAACGAAUUUACCUCAACUUUAAAUCUUUUUAACGGCGAAGUUUACGGCUACCAACGAGCGCUUCCGCGAUGGGAGAAAUGCGUUAACUUGGUUCGAGACGUUAUGGGUUUAGCCAUUGAGGCAGGAAUGGAAUCGAAACAUCCAAUUACGAACAUCAGUUUGGGAGUUACUAGUCGAAUGUUUGACGAAAUUAAAAAAUCUGUGGAACAGCGCCUCUUAAAGUUACACAUCUCUUCUCCUCUCCACAAGUAUCUUUCUAAUAAGUUAAGUAGAUUACAAAUUCAAAUCGGACUUCCAAGUGUUACCAGAAAUGCCAGCUAUGUUAAGGACUAUUACAGCAAAUUAAUGAUAUUGAAGGCAAGUCUGUUCGAUAGUAUAAAAAAUAGUUUAUUUUUCAAAAGGCGAGCGGAAGAAAGGUUGCUGACUGGUUCCCGUCCUUAUGACAAUAUCAUUUCACAUACAAUAAACAAUCCGACUCGAAUCAGCUACAUCGCCUCAUCAAACACAAUUCUUGUUCCACGUUCAGUAUUAACAGCGCCUCAAUUUGAAAGCGACUUUCCCAGCUCAAUUUUAUACGGUCGACUUGGAGUAGAAAUAGCCGAGGCGGUAACAUCGAGCGUGUUACCAUUUGACAGCCAGUGGACGGCGGACUUUAAACUGCUAUCCCCAUUUCACCUGACUGUAAACGAAUCGUAUGAGGCAAUCGGCAGUACCAGAAGCUGCAUACUGGAUUUCAUCGAAAAUAAUAAUUUGGCCCCUAAAUUUAGUAGCGAACUAACAAUAUCUACAUUAAAGCACCUGUUUGCUGUGAGCGUGGCCCAUCAGGCGUUAAACGCGGCAUUACGAGAUUCUGUACAUCUACAUCAGCCUUCUUUGGAAAAAUUAGAGGAGUCGAAUUUAUUUUUCCUCAGCUACGCUGAGAGUCAAUGCUCCAUUUUGACAAAGGAACAAGAUUUAUAUGAUAAUGUUGUUAAAUACGCAUUAUCGAAAAAGUCCUUGUUGAAGACCGCCUGGCAACUUCUACCUGAAUUUAAUGACGUUUUUGAUUGCAGCGCAAGGCAUGGAGAACGUUGCGGUGAUAUGUUUUGAAGUACAUUUUUGCGAAAUGUACUUAGCGUAAAUUGUUAAUAAAACACCUCUAGGAUAUGUAUUUAUAACUUUUUGUACUAUAAAAGUGAUUAUAUAUUUUAUUAUAUUGAGAAGUGACAAUAUCUCCAAAAGUAA